GUAGAUAUUGGAGCAUGGCACACCCAACUGGGAGAAUGCAUUUUUUAUUCACCUUAGUUCUAAUUUUAUUGGUCAACUUCAACGAUGGACAAAGAAUCGGUUCGGCUCUGCGACCUCAUCAUUAUGACCUGGUUUUGCUGCCGAUCAUUAGCGGAGGCAGUCCGCGAUUGUGCGGGCAUGUUUUCAUCGACAUAGAGCCAACAACCUCCACCAAUGUGGUAACGUUACACGGUGUCGAUAUUACCAUUCUCGACGUGAGUGUAGAACAAGUUCUAGGCGUCAACAACGAAACAACAAGCAAUUUUUCCGAAGACCGAUUCGUUCAAUUAGAGGAUCUUUGUUUCUCCGGCCUUUUCGUAUCAGUUUCUCGUGUCUUCCAGAGCUUUCAGGAAGAUCCAGAAAGGCAACAAUUUAGUAUCAUUCUCAAACAAAGCUUGAAAAAAGGAUUGAGAUACCGUAUCGGUCUACUUUACAUGGCCAAAGUAAGAGAUGAAAGUAAAGGAUUUUACAGGAUAAACUAUAAGACAGAUGACAAUUCUUGUUGCCACGAAGGUUGGUUUGGUGGAACGCAGAUGCAAGCGACGGAAGCACGCAAAGUGUUACCUUGUUUGGACGAGCCUGGCUUCAAAUCAACGUUUGAUAUUAUUAUUGGUCACAACAAAGCCAUGACUGCUCUGGCCAACAUGCCUGAAAUAGCCACUGUUCCUAUGAGAACCACACGGGACUGGAUGUGGACCAGAUUUUCCAGAUCACCGUUGAUGCCCACCUAUUUACUGGCCAUGUUUGUAACCGACUAUCAGCAUUUGGAACAGGUCUAUCAGGUCGGGGAGCGGACUGUAAAAUUGCGCUACUGGGGACGCCCUGAACAGCUUCCAUACUUCAAACAUAUUAUGGAGGUCACUCCUAAAAUGUUGCACUAUAUGGAAACAUACGUGAACCAACCAUUCUCGUUACCAAAACUGGAUUUCAUAACCGCUCCGAUCAACCUUCAUUUUGAGGCCAUGGAAAAUUGGGGUCUCAUCUUAUUCCGUGACGAUAAGCUUUACCAUAAUGAGGAAACAGAUAGUGAAGAUGAUCGCUUCUAUCGUACUCAAAUUAUGGCACAUGAAUUGGGGCAUCAGUUCUUCGGUAACUUGGUGACGAGUGAUUGGUGGAGUGACAUUUGGUUCAACGAAGGGUUCUCGAGUUUUUUAGAAGUCGACCUAAUCCAUUAUGCCAUGCCAAACGAUACAUUUCGUCAGGAAGCCUCGCAAUUGAAAGCCAUUCGGACUGCGAUGAAAUAUGAAGAACAGCACGUGAAACCUCUUACCGUUGUCAGACAGGUGGAAACUCCUGACGACGCCGAAAGAAUGUUUGAUGCCAUCAGUUAUAGUAAAGGAAAUGGUUUAUUGCUGAUGUUACGCAACUUUGUUGGACGGGAGACUUUCAAGAAUGCAGUCGCUACGUACAUGGAACGUUUCCAAUUUCAGAGUGUCAACAGUCAACGUUUUAUGGAGAUUUUGGAUGAAGAACUUCACCAAGAUCGUGAAUUUGGCCGGACAAUGAACGUAACAAAGAUAAUGAACUCGUGGACUGCACAGCCAUCCUAUCCGAUCGUUCGUUGUUCCAUGACUGGCGGUGGCCGGAUCAGACUUUCUCAGGAGCCCUUUCCCAUGUCUUAUAACUAUUCUUCACAUGAUACCCCAUUGUGGUGGAUCCCCCUCGCCAUGACGGAUGCUAAACGGCCAGAUUUUAGUCAAAGUGGAACUUUCCCGAGACUUUGGCUUACACCAGACCGUCCGACGUUGGAGAUCCCCUAUUUCCCACCUUUAUCGAGACAUCAGUCAACUGAGGAUGCGGAAAAUAGCUGGAUUUUCAUAAACGGCCAAUCAUCAAGUUACAUUCGUGUCUUAUACGACAAAUCCAAUUGGCGUCUCUUGUCUAAUCAGCUGAUGGUGAAUCACACUGCUAUUCCGAAAGUUUCUCGGGCUCAACUGAUCGACGAUGCUUUCACGCUGGCCGUAGCCGGACUAGUGGAGUACGAAACAGUUUUGGACCUCAUCGAGUAUUUGUCUUUGGUGAAUGACGAGUUUGUUCGUUCUACGAGCCAGUUUCACUUGCAAUGGAUGAAGGAACGUUCAAGACAGAAUGAGUCGCUCUAUCAGCUCUUCGAGGAAUACACAAGAAGAUUUAAAUAUGAGAAAACGGAUAAAGAUGAAUCGGACGAAUACGAUAAUCUGGUACGACUUGAUGCGUCCGAUCCUUUGGACGGAAUCGACUGCCCUAACUGGAGUGACGGUGUAUGCGUAGAUCAAGUUUUACGUCUCUUCCAAGCUCAAAUGGCUGGCACAAUUACUCCAGGAGAAAAAAAAGCGAUGUUUGAAAAUCUGGAGCGCAACUGGUGCGUAGUAAUGCGACAUGCUGGGAAAGAAGAGUGGGAAUGGGCCUGGCGGGCAAGUCUACGCGAUAUUUCGUCUUCCCAACGGACCAAAAUAUUGUCUGCCAUGACUUGCACUCCACAUCGUAGCCAGCUGAAACAACUUCUAGCUCGCGUUUUCUCUCCCACGAUCGAUCAGAAUCCACAUGAAACGUAUAAAACAAUUGAAAAAAUGGCUGAAAAUCCGGCAGCUCGUUCGAUGGUGCUUAAUUUCAUCAAGAAUAAUUGGGAGAGCCUAGAACGACAUUUUAAAAGACCUGGGGAUACCUUGAAGCUUCUAGCCUCGGCAGCGAAACAUUUAAGCAACACGGAAGACUUAAAUGAGAUGUCUCAGUUGCUAUCCGAAUUGCAAAACAAAGACAACAAACUAGAUCACUCCGUCAUAGAAGACAUUUUAGACGGCAUUCGAUCGAACAUUCGCUGGGCCGAGAAAAAUUUGGAUGAAGUUUAUUCCGCUCUAGAAGCUCGAGUAAUCACUAGACGUACGGAUAACCCGUUCGCGAGCCCCUCAUUCUCGGACAUGAUUGAUCCAACCCCCGAUUUUCCUUUACUCUAUUUCCUAUUACUAUUCGUUUUGUUUUUAUAG